AAGCUGUUUGUUUGGAUGUGACUAUAUAUAAUCUGUUCGUCUGAAAUAUUAGGGGUAGGGAUUUCGCAAAUUAGGGUUUUUGAACAAGAGUGUUGAACUUCUACCAGGAUUAGCUGCAAAAGACAAUGAUUUACGACGUGAAUUCAACUCUCUUCCGUUCCUUUCUCAGCCAGAAGGGUGGAGCUUCUGAGAAGAGGAAAACUGAGGAACAAAAGCCAAAGGAACAGAAACCAAAAGCUAGUGACAACAAGCCUGUCAUGAACGACUAAUUUUGGGAUUUACCAGAUAUGCAUUUGAUGAACGAGUAACAAGCUGGCAUCUGUUCUUAUGUACAAGUUAUUAGAAGUUAAAAAAUGGGAUGAAAAGUGACUAAUAAGCUUGCUCCUUGUAUCUCAUAAUGUUUGUUUUUUGAAUUGGCUUGAAGUCUUUUGAACAUGAUAUCUCGAAAUGCUUCUCUGUUAAGUUUCUGAUUGAUAGCUGCUCUCUUUUUGGGGUAUGUUAUUCUCGAUUGGUGUGUGGCAAUCACCGGUUAUUAGUCA